AAAACAGGACGCUAAAACAUCACCGCAUUUGCUGCGUUUUUCGAUCGAUGUACAGGUUUCGUAACCAGGAAAAAUGAUCUGUGCAGUGCCGUGGUUUGCUACGAUGAGACAUGAGAGAGGGAAAGUAUGCUCAAGAAGAUCUGCAACGGUGGCUUCUAGUGGUUCCAGUCCGCUCAACCAUCGGUGGUUCUCGAUGUAGCUAAAGAUGCAGCCUACAGUGAAAACAGCAACAACAAAGGGCACACAAUCGAUGACGUUGAGGAGCAUGUGAACAUAGCAACCCACGUCGAAACGAACCCUCACCGUCAUCAUCAUCAGCAGCAGCAGCAGCAGCAGCAUCAUCAAUCCGCGACGUCAAAGUGAAAGAAGAAAGAGACGCACGAUUGCCGCUCGCCCGCGACCCUAAGUCAAGUCGUCGUGUUCGUCGCGUGUGCAGUUUCACUUUCCCUUUUUGAAAAGACUUUUAUUUUUUAUUGACAUACCACAAGAGAGGGAGAGUGAAGCGCGUGUUUGGGGGUAGGUUGCUGAUUGUGUGUGGCUUUUAGCAACAUCAGCAGCAGCAGCAGCAGUCAGCAAACGGUUGAAGCGGUAUAUUUGGUGUAUUUUUCCGGUGCUGUUACGAGUGCAAAAUUUACGAGUUACGAGGGCACAACAAAAAUUUCCUGUUUCGUAUAGAAAGCAUGCAAAGUGGUUGAUCUUGGUUUAAGCUAGUGUAUAAGGGAAGCAACGAAGCUCUGCGCAAGUUCUAUUAUUGUUGUUGGGAAGCCAAGUGUCAUGUGGCAUGUGUCAAAAGUGUAAACAAUUAGUGUAGUGCUGGUGUUCAAAAUCUCAAAUCGUAAACCAUGUUUAUUGUGUAGAACCAUACGUUUGUAAAGUUCGUAAUCUCAACAACGGAAAAGGAGUAUAUCCGGAGGAAGGUAGUAUCUUUGCCCUCCGACUGCUUCCCUGAGUGGUUCGUCUGCUGGCCACCACCUGCCACCGCGAAAACACUGCGCAUCAUGGAUGAAAAGAAACCAAUUCCAACGCCUGCCGGUGGCAAUGCAACGGCCACCGUAUCAUCUGCAGCGGAACAGGACGAAAACGAAAAGCGUGUUGGAUGUGCACACUACAAGCGACGGGCAAAAUUUGUGACACCUUGCUGUAACAAAUUCUACAUGUGUCGAUACUGCCACGACGAGAAUGAGACACAUUUCUUCAACCGGAAAACGGUGACGGAGUUGAUCUGCACUGAGUGUGACACCCGGCAGCGUGUGCAGGCCGAAUGUGAAAAGUGUGGCGUACGAUUCGGGCGGUACACUUGCCUGGUGUGCAAUCUAUUUGACGACGAGGACCGUAAUCAGUAUCACUGUGAUGGGUGCGGAAUUUGCCGCGUCGGAGGCCGUGGACGAUUCUUUCACUGUGAAGUUUGCAAUAUGUGUUUACCACUCCAGCUAAAGUUCGACGGGCAUAGGUGUGUGGAGAAUGUGUCCCGAUCGAACUGUCCCGUGUGUCUGGAUGAUAUUCACACAUCGCGUAUUCCAUGUCACAUUCCCGACUGUGGACAUUUACUACAUCGGACAUGCUUCGAAGAAUUGCUUUCGUCCGGCCAUUAUGCUUGCCCCACCUGCCAGACGUCGAUGAUGGAUAUGAACCAGCUGUGGGAGUAUCUGGAUGCGGAAGUAGCCGCGACACCCAUGCCAAAGGAAUACGCAAACUAUUACGUUGACAUUCUAUGCAAAGAUUGCCACAAGGAGUCAACGGUGAAAUUUCACGUAGUUGGAUUAAAGUGUACUCACUGUGGUGCAUACAAUACCUGUCGGACGAAGACGAAAAGCAUUAAUGGAUGUAGUAGUAAUACCGGCAGCAGCAGUACGAGUGGAGGUAGCAGUGCGGCAAGUAGCACAGCACCUACGAACACUUCCGAGACGACUUCAUGGAUAAGGAUGGUUCCACUGUCGAUGGUAGAGUCGGAUGAUAGCGCCAUCGAUGAUAUCGCCAUUGACGACAGUGAAGAUGAACGACUUGUCGAUCGGCUUGAGACGUAUCUACACCACGUAUCCCAUGGUGACGAUGACGGAGCAAGCACAUCGGCCGCCUCGUCUUCUUCCUCCUCAAACUCUUCGUCUUCCGCUCCGUCCUCCUCGACGAUGGUAAGUACCGCGGCAUCGGUUGGCGCUGGGCAGCAGCAGCAUCGUGGAGUCCGUCUUACCAAUGGUACCAGCAGCAGAAGUGACGCGAGCAGUUCAUCCAGCUCUGGUGCGUCCUGUCCCAAUGGCGGCCAGGCGGGUAGUAGUAACAAUAGUAAUCGUAGUAGCAGUACUAAUAGCACCAAUAUAAAUGGUACCCUGGCCGUGGUGAGAAGAACCAAUGGACGGACGGAUGUAGCAGGCUCCUCGUCCUCGUCCGCUGCACACGACGACGAUCGUUCCUCGUUCGAUGAUAGCAAAAGUAACGAUAAUGGCGGUGCAGCUCCAAUCUGAGAGAAAUGUAGUGGACAAUUAUCAGAUUGAUAGGUCGAAAAGAAAUUGAAUGUGAUCGUUACAAGUAGGAACGUGUGUUCUUUCCUAAACGCGAAUAGAAGGGAUAUGUCGAGCAUGUUUGGGAGAUGCGAUAAAAUGGUUCAGAUUGAAAUGGUCAGAAGAGACGAAAAAUACACAUGCACCCAUAUCUCAAAAGUGUAACAACUAUUACAUUUAUGUGUAAACUGUUCUGAGGCGGGCUGGGAUAGAACCACGACUGGAUCAUACCCUCCGUACGCAGGACUGACUAUUCGGCUAUGGGUAACAUUCAAGUCAACAGAUGAUAACCACAGCCUCUAUGUAAUGGCUGGCCAAACCCGACGAAGGUUGUAGAGCCAAAUAAAAGGAUGUAAAUUAUUCCUUUUUCGCUCAAUCCACAUAAAAGCUCGACAAACUAGCGUGACUUUAGUCUAGGACGCCGGGCUGAUGUUCAUUCCAUUCGCCAACACUCUAUAUUGAAUAGCUUCUUUUGUGUUCAUUUUCUCGUUUUACUAUCGUUCCACUCUUGUAACUUUAGUGAUGUUUCGAAUCUCAGUUAACCUGUCAACGUGAAACAAUGUAAAAUAGCUGUUUAGAUGUAUGUAGCCAUUUCCCACAAGCAACAACAAAAAAAAUAUCUGAGGUAGUAACGUUGUAGUUAACAAAACAUUUACAUUUACGUGUACGACUAUUCUGUUCUCUGUGUUGGAAUAAGGAUAUCCAUUAAUCAUUAGGUGUUAGGUAGCGUUGUAUUCAACUUGAAAUGGGAAAAGUAUGAAAGGCACAACGGGGACAACAGAACGUUGAUUACUAACAGCUUCUUCUACGCUUCUUUCUUUAUGUUUUGUGUUUUUCUCUGUCUUUAAGCUCAAGGCACAAGUUUUGUAAAAUUACCUUUGUUAUGCUUAGAUAAUUGUAAAGCAGUUAACCACACCCACACAAAAUCAUUGUAAGUGAAUGGAAAUUCUAAAAUUAUGUCCUAAACCUAUAGAUCCGGUUUCGUCUCAUUUGGCAUAUCUACUAGUUUUGUUAACAUUAACAUUGCCCGGCCUGAUUUUAACUUAUAAUUCUGUAUCAUAGAAACACAACAUUCUAUCUGCUUUGCGUAAUUUCUGUUUUUGUUUGACGUGGAUAAUAUUUUAGCUAAUUUUCUCUAAUCUGUGUUUAGAAAAUUGUUGUAGACACAAAAACCAACAUUGAGUUCUGUCCGUGUAGGAAGUACCAUCACUAACCUUACGUUACGCGUGAAAAGUUUAGUGUUUUUGAUUUUGUGAUACAUUAAAUUCGCUUCGUAUGUCGAUUAACGUGGACCGAUUAUAUGAAUUAUAGUGGGUAAUAACACGACUUAACAACCAACAAUUCCCGUAGGAUAAUUUAUAUGGCAGGUGGAAAACCAUCCAUAGCACGUAUAAAGUGACAGCAGUGUGGGAAGAACGCUUGUAGCUAAUACGACAGUUCUACAAGCGACCAUUAACCUAGCCAUCGUGUCGUGCUGCAGGAGAAAUGAAAAGACGGUGCAAGGAUUCGCAUUAAAAUAUCAAUUCCAACAAGUAAUGCAGAAUGCUUACUUAUACCUCCUUCUGUAUUGACAACUAACAGCCAGUAGUGGGAAUGGUUUCAUAAGGCUUGAAAAAUGUGUUUUGUUAGCUUCUUAGCGAGCUAAUAAAAGCUACAAUAGUGUGUGCUACGGUACGUACGGCGUUCAGUGACACAUUGCGCUGAUCUGCACAUUGCGGAAGGGAUUCUAUUUAUUCACCUUACUUUUAUCGAUCGCUCCUACACACUCCUGUAGAAUGGCUUCAUUUCGUUCCCAGUUCUCUACUUGCCCUAGGCAAUAAUAUAGAUCGGUACCGGUAACUUGAUAGAUAGCGCGAAACAGUCGAUAAUCGAUGAUACACACCGGUGUAGCAUUUCAUUUGUUGUAAUCUCACUAGCUCAAUGGUUCAGCAAUCAUUCGAAUGCACUUACACUUUUACACGCCCG